AUGGAAGAUGCAAAAUCGAUUGACACUCUGAUGCCUACAAAUGGUAACUUGGAAAGGAAUGAAAAUGGUAAGGAUGUUGGUCUGAAAAAGUAUAGAGCUAUGAUUGGUUCUCUUAUAUAUCUCACUGCAUCUAGGCAUGAUAUUAUGUUUAGCGUCUGUAUGUGUGUCCGUUAUCAAUCGACUCCCAAGGAAUCACAUUUAAAAGCCGUUAAACGCAUUCUUAGGUACUUGUAUGGUACUUCUAAGUAUAGGCUUUGGUAUUCCAAGGGAAGUGAUUGUAAUUUAGUUAGGUAUACCGAUUAUGAUUUUGUCGGUUGCAAAUUGGAUAGGAAGAGUACUAGUGGAACUUGCCACAUGUUUUCAAAUUCUUUAGUUAGUUGGCAUAAUAAGAAAUAG